UUCCUUGAGGAUCUGCUCCAUGAUUUUUCCAGGGGGUGAGGCUGAAGCAAAUGUCCAAGUUUCUUCUUCAGACUCCACUGGAUCCCUAGUCUGGGCACACAAACCCCUGGGACUGAGUGGGAGAAACCCUCUCUUCGUCCCCCUCUCUUCCCAUCCUUCCUGCCCACUCCCCACCUCUAUGCUGUCACCAACUGCUGUCCAGUUGUGAUGUCAUGGCGGGUUCCGGUGUCCAUGGAGACAGAGGCACACAAGGGCUCUGUGGCCAGCUGAGUUCAGUGCGGAGGCAGAGGUGGUCGGAGGUGGAAGCUGCCAUCUGUGCUCAGUGCUGUUCAGGGUGCAGUAGUUUAUCCACAGCAUCAGGAUCCCUGCUGUGCUUCUGUGGGUGUCAGGAGCUGAGACACAGGGUGUGAAGGGGAGGGAUCUUCUGGGCUCAGGAGCAGGGGUUACUCCUUCCCCUCCCUGUCCCAGGUGUCAAACAAUGGCAUUAACUGGACAUUUUUUUCAUCGGGUUCAGCAACAGCAUGGACAGCACCUCCACAAGGAACAAUCCAUUAUCCCAAAACGGGCCAAGAUUCGCCGCCUUUCUAUAGAGGCAUCUCAACAGACCUCAAACACCAACAAAACCCAGCUUGGACGUCGUGUCCACCAGGAGGAAGAGGCCUCAGUGAGUCCGAAUAAGAUUUGCUGCCUUUCUGCUGAGGCAUCCCAACAUGCUGUGGAUACCGGAAAAACCCCUCCUGGACAUCACAUCCAACUGGGAGGAGAGGUCUUGUCCAGACCGGUUGAGAUUCACCGUCUUUGUGCUGAGGCAAGAAAGAAGCCCAUGCCUGGCUCAAGCCAAGCACCAUCGUGUAAGAUGCAGACAUGGAGAGCCAAGCAUACUCCUGCCCUACGGAGGAAGAUUGUGGCAAAACAAGAGCCUGCUUCCAAGGAUGGCCAGGCAGUUGCAUCAACCCCUUCCCAAGGAUCCUGGCUUCUAUUUCAGGAGUCGCAUCAUAGGAGAGACACCAGAAAAUUAACUCUUGGGCAUCAUGCCCUUGAGGAAGACAUCUCAGGGAAUGUGGCCAAGAGGUACCGCAUUUCUGUUGAGGCAAGCAAAGAGCCCAAGCCAGGCUCAAGUCAAGCACCAUCGUGUAAGAUGCCAACACGGAGAGCAAAGCACACUCCAGCCCUUCGAAGGAAGAUUGUGGCAAAACAAGAGCCUGCUUCCAGGAAUGUCCAGGCAGGUCAGGAAGCCCCUUCCCAGGGACUCUGGCUUCCACUUCAGGCUUGGGUCACUCCAGAUCCCAGCCCAGGGAUGUCGGGGAGGGGCACCAGCAGGAGAAUAGAGGAAUUGCCUCGCCCUUUGGAGAAAUUGAACAGAGACAGCGCUGAAGCUGCUGUGUCAGGGAAGCAGCUGGGACAGGCAGAGACUCCUGCAAAAAAAGAGCCUGCUUUCAUGGAUGGCCAGGCAGUGAAACCAGCCCCAUCCCAGGGAUCGCCAAAGGUGCAGGAGAGACGAGCCCGGAGAGACAUCUGCUUGUUGCCCUGGGUGCAUUUUAGAGCAGCUUGUAGAGAAAGCCUGGCUAAGUCCCCCCAAACAUCCACUGAGGGAUCACCAAAGGUGCAGGAGAGACGAGCCCGGAGAGACAUCUGCUUGUUGCCCUGUGUGCAUUUUACAGCUUGUAGAGGGAGCCUGGCUGAGUCCCACCAAACAUCUGCUGAAGCCUGCCUCUUUCCAGAUCCAAGCCCCAGGAUGUCAGGGAGGGGCACCAGCAGAAGGACCAAUGAGUUGCCUUGUUCAUUGGAAGAGUCGGCAGGAACAGUUUGGAGUCCUGGUGAAGCAAAAGCGUCUGAGAAGGGGAUGGUCCAGUAUGUCCUGGAGUCAUUGCAAAAGAUUCCAGGCAAAAACUUUGUAGCUUGGCGCAGCGUCCGAAAACUGCUGGCCUUGACACUGAAGAAAAUCCUAGGGGCUGUACUCCGGCAUUUCCCACACCCCACCAGGAACAUAGACUGGGACCCAAGGCCACCAGCUCCCCCCCGGAUCUGGUCUGUAGGGCAUCAAGUCUGGAGGAGUCGAUGUGGGGGCUGCACAGUGUAGGGAGGAGAGAGCAGCUGUGAGGAACAUGAAUCUGCAGGUGGUUAGGGCAGAAAAUCAGCACCUGAAUGCUACUCCCCCUGCUCAGACCCAUCCCUCUCCACCCCUUACCACCCUCUCUGCCUCUCCUCUCCCCUUAUAUAUUAUGUUAGGUUAGGUUAGUUUAUAUUGUAUUGUAUUUUUUAUGUAAUAUUGUAUUUUAUUAUUUCAUAUUAUUUUGCAUUGUCAUGCACUGCCUUGUAUUAUAUAUACAUUGA